GAAGUGACGUUGCUUAGUUACCGUAGCUAGACAACCCACACACUCUGCUGCUUUGAGAGUUCACGAGCUAAGUUAGGCUAGGCUAAAUUAAGCUAAGCUAGGCUAAGCGUAGCCCUGUCAAACCAGACGGCUGCGAUUCUGAGCUGUUUUAAGGAGAAACGAGCAGAAAUGACGAUUAUACGUGGUUAUUCUGCGAAGCUGGACGCGGCAGAACACAUAGGAUGAUGGUUUAAGGGUUAAAGUGUCGAAAGAGGGUCCAUCAGAAAGAAGGAUCAAGCGAUGUUUAGCCCAAAAGAGCUGGAGGGGGAGGUGGAUCAUUCCUUCUUUGACAGUGAUGGGGAGGCUGGAAAGGUGGUACAUCAGUGUCCAGAGGAGACUCAAAACCCCCAAUUAGAAAGAAGCACUGAGGAGGAUGGAAAGCUGGAAGCAGAAAACCAGGGUCGAGAAAGCAAGGAGUUAGAAGAAGAAACACUGAAGGAAGAUUUGUCCCACCUUCGCAUUCAGAGUGAACCUGAUGGUCACUCUAAAUGGACUAGUGAAGCAAAAGAGAAUCCGUCUGGGAACAAUGUUGUGAAAGAUAAAGAAGGGCCGGAAUCUGGAAGAGAGGAUUCUGAUGCCUCUUCCAGGAAAUCCUCAUCAUUGCCAAGCUCUGAUAGGUCGAAAUCCAGGAAAGGAAGCCGGUCAGAUGACUUGUCCAGCGUCCGCUCCUACUCUUCCCUAGACUCGCAUUCUGAUUCCUCGCCUGAGGAUGGAGAAGAUGAGGCUGUUUUGAAAAAUGAUGAUGAAAGUGAGAGUGAUGAAAGAGAGAAAACUCUGGAACGUCCGCUCAUAAAACGCCAUUCAGAAACCUCCAGAAAGUCCCCAGGAAAGUUUCGAAACAGGAGUCGCAGCCAUUCACCAUCAUCAUCGUCAACGUCUUCCGAAUGUGAAAGUUCCAACGGUGGUGAUGGAAGAAGACCGGGUCUCUCACACAAACCGUCUUUCACCCAGGCGACCUCUUCACCACGCCGAUGGCCUAGGUCAAGUUCGGCCAAUCAGAGAGAGAGAGUGAAAGUGUCAGACACUGUCGAAUCUGAAGAUACGGUAACCGAUGUUACUCCUCUCUCCACUCCAGACAUUAGUCCAGGCCAGUCAUUCGAUCUGACCUCGCUCACUGAACCCACGGUAACAGCUGCUGUGCAAGAGCAGGAGAUUGUUACCAAGGAACCGUCAGUGACUGAAGUGGAUUCGGAAAAGAGGAGGAGCUCAGACACGGAUGGAGAAGAGAGAUCAGCAGUGCUGAGUGCAGGGAGAAGGGUGGACAGCGCCCUGGUCAUCACCAGCCCCAGCAGUGCGUCCAGCAGUAGUUGUAUUAGCCACCGUCAAAAGAACUACUCCUUCACCAACGAUGAGGUGCAGCGGAUCGAACGUGAAAAUCAGAGACUUCUGAGGGAGCUCUCUCGCUCUUCUCCACGCUUACGAAGAGAAGGGUCCGCCUGCUCAGCAGCUGCUGUCACCCAACAUGGUGAUCCCCCCACUGCUCGCAUGUACCACAGUGCUCUCAAUAGGCAGCGAGAGCAACAGCGCAUCCAGCGAGAGAAUCUGGCCCUUCUGAAGCGUCUGGAGUCAGUGAAGCCCACUCGAGGAAUGACCCGAGCAGAGCAGCUAGCAGACUAUCAGCGCCAGGCAGGAUAUCUCGGAAUACCCGCCCCACUUUCCAGACCCCCUUCAGGAAAAGGAUCCAGACCCUGUAGUUCAAACAGCCCUCGCAAAGCAAGAUCUGAAACGGCGAAGUCCAGUAGAUCCACAGCUUCACCGCCGGCCUGGUCCUAAAUUUAUGUUGACUGAUGCUAGGUGUAAAUCAUAAGUGUAGGUUUCCAGCAUUUAUCUUUAGGUACAUGGAAGUCCUCUUAACCUUCUUGAUUGUUUUUGAUUGUCAUUACAGGAACUUUGAGAGCCUAUUGUUACUAAGUUAAUGAGGUCCUGCAAGCAGUGGCCCUAUGCUUUUUGAACACACACUCUGCUCUGGUGCAUUUCAGCAGGACAAUGCUCGUCCACACACUGCUGCAGUUUUAUAGGCUUGUCUACUGCAAAAUCUGCAGGAAAUGUGUGAGGAUAUUUGAGCUGCAUGGGAUUAAAUUAAAUGUCUGGCAUCCAACACUCUUUCUUUAAUGAUGAGUGCAUAUUAGACAUUCUCAAACAUAAGUCCUAGCUGUCCUUGAUUUACACAUAAUACUCACAGCUCAACUCAUAAAGGACUUGACAAUCAGCUGCUGAGUUAAUUUAGAUGUGUCAAAGCUACUACAGGCCUACCAUAUGAUUACGACAAAGACCCAUGGCUUAACUGAUCCUAGAUCUUUAUAUUGAAGCUAUAAAGCACUGUACAUUGCACUCUAACUGUUUUAGAAACAUAUGUAGAGUAUAGUAUAUAGUUUUCACAGCUCAAAGAUGUUUAAAAUACAUUCCCUAAAGAGCUGAAGAGCUAAACAGACUGUGCCUAUCUUUGUGCAGCUUAAUACAGAGCCUUUAUCCUUACCCUUGGCGUGUUUGACGUUUGAAUAUAUGAUAAAUAUAGACGUAUGAGUUUAAACAUGAGUUUACGUUGUGGUGUUGACUGUCAUUAGAGCAUAUGUGUGUUGAUAAUACUGUUGAAAAGACAAAAAUAUAUAUUUGAUAUUGUUUUGGUAUUGAAAAGUAAAUAAUAAAAUAAAGUAAUUUAUUAAAUGUCA